AUGCGUGGACCAAAUAUUAACACUGCGGCAUAUUCUGGAGUCCCGCUAAAGCUAUCAACAAUCGACGACUUUGACAAUGCGCUUGAUUCCUUCCGUCUUGAGUCCGUGUGGUCAAAAAUGUCAGUAGAUGGUGGGCCGGAAAAAAUAAUCGCCAUGGUCAAGGUUUACCAUCGUUUCACCGCUGCACGGAUUAUCGUCAAUACCAAUCUGUUCCGACCGUAUGGUAUUCGAUCUGGCGUUCGACAAGAUUGCACCCUGUCGCCCAUUCUGUCAAACUACGCCAUUGUCUGGAUUCUCGAAAAGGCCCGACAUGCAGAUGACGGUGCUGAUUCUGCACUCGGACGCCGGCUGGUCCAUCAUGACUAUGCUGAUGAUAUCGCUAUGCCAGCUGCUAGCUUUGGUGACCUACUGUCUUUGGUUUCAAAGGUCAAUGAAGUCGCUAAAUCACUGGGUGUAUCCCUAAACGCUUGGAAGACCAGACGGUUUCCAGUUUGCAUCUUUGACCAGUAG